UCCAUUGUGUCAAGAUUAAAGUCAACUAAAGAUUGAUAGUGGUUACUUGUUGUCUUUUGCCUUUUUGUUGUUUGCCCGUUGUGUAAUAUUAUGCAACCCUUUAGAUAUGUCAUAGUGAAUGUAGAUGUAAAUAUUAUUCAAAAGAAUGUCUCUUUAUAUUAGGACCUGAGCAAUGAGACUUUUAUUACGAUGAACUCGACUCUUUCAGACACCGGAACUGAAAGAACAGUAGUGACACUCCAACGACGCGAGCAGGUUCUCUAGUCAACAGCACUGAUGAUUCCCACGGUUUAUUGUAUAGGAAAAAUAUCAACGAUAGUAUUUUUGUGCUAGGCUGUGCAUGAACGACAUUUAAUAACACUGUAUGUUGCAAUGUCUAUCUCAGUUACUAGUCAACCGGUGGUAAAAAAGAAGCAGGUUCGGUUUGCUAGAAUGGAGGAUGACGAUGAUAACGAUGAUCAAGAAGAGGAUACAUUGUUUGACAAGAGGAAAGACGUCAGGAAAGGGUUUAAAAGUAUGAUAAAAAGUAACGUGAAUAAGACGCUGGCGAGUGCGGGAUUCGAUACCGUUAAAAUAAUAAGUGGUGGUCGAGGAGCCAAUGACCCCGGGGCUUGUGGACGCUGGAUGAUCACUUUAACACUUUGUGCAUCUUUCCUUGGACUUGGCAUGUGCGUCUCUGUGCUUGGUCCUACACUGGGGGACUUGGCCAUCAACGUCAAUCAGAACAUCAGUAAUAUUUCCUAUAUCUUUGUGGGGCGCUCAGUUGGAUACAUUGGGGGCUCUCUUCUGGGAGGGAUCCUAUUUGACUGCAUGAACCCCCACUUACUUUUAGGAUUUUCCAUGUUGGUCACAGCAUUUGGGAUGAUUGCCAUUCCCUUCUGCAAAAAGGCCCUCUUCCUUACAGCCUUAAUGUCCUGUGUUGGCAUUUCCAUGGGCUUUUUGGACACAGGUGGUAAUGUCCUCAUCCUGAACAUCUGGGGCAGCCAGGCAGGGCCUCACAUGCAGGCUUUGCACUUCAGCUUUGCCGCGGGGGCCUUCAUCUCGCCCAUCAUCGCCAAGCUGGUGUUUGGCAAGUACCACGCCAAGGUGGCCAACGACACCGUGGAGUCUUCCUCGCCCCUCACCGAUCAAGUGGCUCAGAUGCUGCACAUCUCACAGGGGAGCAGCGAAGCUCUGAGGUCCAUGUACGCGUACUUUGUGAUCGGGGCCUUGAUCCUGCUCGUCUCCCUGGCCUUCUUCAUCCUCUACUCCUGCGGCACGCCCUCCAGAGACCGAUCGCACUCGGCGUCGGGGUCGCCCCCGGUGGCCAAGCAGCACACCGCCCUCAUCUGCCUCCUCGCCGUCUUCUUCUUCUGGUACGUGGGCGCCGAGGUGGCGUACGGCUCCUUCAUCUUCACCUACGCCAAGGACUACGCGGGCAUGGAGCAGCCCGAGGCGGCGGGCCUCAACUCGCUGUUCUGGGGCACGUUCGCCGCCACCCGCGGCCUGGCCAUCUUCUUCGCCGCCUGCAUGUACCCGGGCACCAUGAUCCUGCUCAACCUGGUGGGCUGCACGCUGUCGUCGCUGCUGCUCACGCUGUUCGACAGGCACCGGCUGGCGCUGUGGUGCUGCACGGGCCUGUACGGAGCCUCCAUGGCCACCACCUUCCCCAGCGGCCUCUCCUGGCUGGAGCAGUACACGGCGGUGACGGGCCGCUCGGCGGCCGUGUUCGUGGUGGGCGCGGCGCUGGGCGAGAUGGUGCUGCCCGCCGCGCUGGGCUUCCUGCUGGGCAAGCCGUCGCUGCGGCAGCACCCGCUGCUCAUGCUGCUGGCCCUGGCCGCCGCCACCGUCACCUCCAUCCUCUUCCCCGUCAUGUACAAGCUGGCGGCCGCGCCCGCCGCGCCCGGGAAGAGGCCGCGCGUCAGGGGCAGGGAGGCCGACGACAGCGAGUUUCGCCAGGCCCUGCUGGACUCCGGCGCCAACGACGAGGACGACGACGACGAAGAGGCGGACGAGGGCGACGAAGAAGCCGACCACUGGAACGACGCAGACUUUGAGGUCAUCGAGAUGGACGACGCCAGCCUCUUGAACUCCCCGAACAAGGUGUCGUCGCCUCCAGACGUGACUAUGAGCUCAGCAGCUGCCCCCAGCAUUGACCCCUUCAGCCUGCCAACACUGUCCGAAUCCCCGAGCAAAUAUGAGAAUAGCUCCCCCCGUAGGAAGCUACUGGUCACUCUUGACAGAGAGAAGAAUGACUGAAUCCCACUGCCAGAGACUGCUGGAUUGCCAAUUCAGGUGAAAAAGGACUGAGCAUCAGUCCGUUUUUGUGAGCAUUAUGUGAUUUAUUUUUGCAGCGAUAUGAAUGUUGUGAAUGUUUUGUGUGUUGAUGUCUGUCCCUGCAUGUUGACACUCCUGAAUCGUUUCACCAAUUUCCCCGUUGACACUUUUAAAACAAUGGUCCUACUUCCAAUCAUCUCAUUAGAAGGGUAUUCGGUAGUUGUAUAUGUUGUUUGUAUGGUGUGCUGACUGAAUUGAAGUUUAUUUUUUACAUGUGAUCUGUAUUUAUAAACCCAGAGACAGAUGAGCCUGGUCCUGGUAACAGUCCAUUUGAAUUGGAGCUGGAAAAAACACAGAAUAUCAGAGGUUUACAUUGGCUCAUCUGGACAAUAAAUAAUGAAACGUAAGAAUCAUGGUGAAAAAAAUCAAUAUUGACCUGUCCUGGAUUUUAGACAGAAUGUAUUUCAGGGUUCAGAGGGCCUUUGAUUUUGAUGGAAUGAUUUUCAGCUUUAUUUACUUUAUUAUUAAUUUACUUAUUUAUCGGUUUACAGAAGGCACAGAGGCCGAUAUGAAAUGGCUUCUCUAAGGCGACAUGAGCAUAGUGCAUUAUAAUUACAAUAAUAUAACUCCCAAGCACACUAACCUAAUGGACUGCUGUUGUAGAGUAGUAUCCUGCUCCUUAUUAAUGGUUGAUCUACGAUAAUAGUCCCCAUGCUGUUGUGUACUGGUCUACGGUAUGUUAUUAAGCUAUAGCUAGUAUGGUAUGCUAAACUUUGCCAGGAAAAUUCUGCAGAAGUAGGUCAAGCACACACCUGUAAAGGUAGGUCAGUAAAUAACUGUGCUAUCUAACCAGUAUACUACCUUUUUAUUUAAUCCAAAUCUGGCAGAGCAGCUGUUGUGUUGAUUUAGCAGCUCCUAAUCAUUUAGUAGGUUAUAUUGCUUUGAUAAUACAUGAUGAAAACAACAGAGCUGUGACCAGCGCCCUGUCCAUGAGCCACUGCCUUAGAACGCUAAUCAGAACAAAUCAUCAAGGGAGUCCAUUCUACAGUUCCUGGUGAUUGUUAUUAUGAAUCAAAGGUAUAUUUGGGCAUUUUGUGAUUAUGUGACUUUAUUUGUGAUUAUUUAAUAGAAGUUAGUGUUUUAUCUGCAAAAAAUACAGAUUUAAUGAUCCAUGAUCUGUUUUUUUUAUGUCUUGCUUUUUUGCACUUUACCCAGAAAUGUUUUCAAAUUAAAUUACAUUCUUAAGCCACAAAUCAUUGGCUUAAGUUUUAUUGUUCAAUGUUGUAAUUACUGUACUUGAAUUUCAUGCCAGAUUGUGUUUGCCCCUCUGAUUUUUUAAUUAAAUGACUAUUGAGCCA